AUGAUCACACCAGCCCCUAAUGUUCCUGCCAUCGCCAGUACUCCCACGUUCACAGACACGGAGAUCAAACCAUCCCAAACUAUCGCUGCCAACACCACUACUCCCCCCACAAUCUCAGAGACAUUAACGUUACCUCCGGUCAGUGUGAUUGCCACAGAAGUGCCGCCCGUUAAAUCCACGCCCAAACUGGCAAACAUCGAAUGGCUUACCAAGUUCCGCGGAAUCCCUGGAAUAGGUGUGAACCCAGUAGAUGCCUGGUUGAACGAAACUGGCACCACGUCUGACCCUACAUGUCGCGACACGCGAUCUCCCUCGUGUGACAAACAUUACAGAGAUCCAUUAGUUGAUAAUUGGGCUGCAAUUAGGCUUACAGAGGUGAAGAUAGUCUUUUACAAAGACGAAUUAGAGAAGCUCAUUACAUUUAGCGGCGUUGGUAGCUCUAUCUCAAACUGGUUCCACAUAAACAGAGUACUGGCUUCAUCGUGGACUACAUUGGUCGGCCGAACAUAUGGAUACUUUUCCCUUGAGGGAGAUGCCGGUAAUGGUCAACGGUUCUUCACGGCAUCACCUUACCAAGGCUGUACGAAAGACAGAAUAUUCACACUUGUUAUCACUAAACAGGUUGCCUCUUGCGCCUUUGAUCGACACUCUUCGUACCCGCAGUUUCUGUUUGUUACUGGAGAUGGCUGGGGCUACCCUGAGAACAUGACAGGGAUUGCGUUAGCAGAUUCGUUUGCUAUUUUAAUAAAGUAGGCGCAUUCCGGAUCUGUGUGGCUGGUGGUGACAUCGAUUUAUAUGUGUUCCUUUGAUAUAAUCCUGUAUAAGACACGGUGUUUAUAGAUUGUCUGUAUUACCCUAUCAAAAUGUUAAACUAUGUUCAUUAUAUUUGUGAGUAAGUCUAACUGAAUUUGCACCUAAUUUUCCGCUGUGAUUUGAAUUGUUUAAUUUAACUAAAUGUUAAAAUAACACAACCUUUUGCGUAAAUAAGGUACAAUAUGUCCUAACAAAAUUCUUGUGUAGACCACAUUUGGUAACUUAUCUUAAUCAUUAUAUGUGCGUUACUUUAUAGAUUGGUAAAUUAAUAUGUGUGCAUUUUUAACGAAUGUUUGUCGCUCUAUUUUCGUUAAGUAGUUUUUGUUUCAAGUUUGAAAAAUUUAACUCUGUUGCACAGGUCUCUUUUCUACCAUUGAGUAAUUCAAUGGUAAUUCAAUUAAAAGCGUUUAACAUCCCUUUUAUUAUCCCCGCCGAAAAAAAAUUCGGAGGGGAUAUAGUAAUUGGUCCUGUCCGUCUGUCCGUCCGGCUGAAACUUUGUCCGGAGCAUAACUCCAAAUCUAUUCAAUGGAUUUACUUUAAACUUAGAAUAUAAACAGAUGGCAACUAGGAGAAGUGCAUUAUCAUAAUCAUUAUAUGUGCGUUACUUUAUAGAUUGGUAAAUUAAUAUGUGUGCAUUUUUAACGAAUGUUUGUCGCUCUAUUUUCGUUAAGUAGUUUUUGUGUCAAGUUUGAAAUAUUUAACUCUGUUGCACAGGUCUCUUUUCUACCAUUGAGUUAUUCAAUGGUAAUUCAAUUAAAAGCGUUUAACAUCCUUUUUAUUAUCCCCGCCGAAAAAAUUCUCGGAGGGGAUAUAGUAACUGGUCCUGUCCGUCCGUCUGUCCGUCCGGCUGAAACUUUGUCCGGAGCAAACUCCAAAUCUAUUUAAUGGAUUUACUUUAAACUUAGGAUAUAAACAAAUGGCAACUAGGAGAAGUGCAGUGACCAAGAACCAUAACUCUAUCUACCUUAGUUUUUGAAUUAUCUAUCCUUUUAUAUAACUUUAAAGUAAAUUUUUGUCCGGAGUAUAACUCAAAAUAUACUAAAGGGAUUUACUUGAGACUUGAAAUAUAAACAGAUGGCAACUAGGAGAAGUGCAGUGACCAAGAACCACAACUCUAUCUACCUUAGUUUUAGAAUUAUCUCCCCUUUUAUUUGAUUUUAAAGUAAAUUUUUGUCCGGAGCAUAACUCUAAAUCUACUAAAGAGAUUUACUUGAAACUUGAAAUAUAAACAAAUGGCAACGAGGAAAAGUGCAGUGACCAAGAACCACAACUCUAUCUACCAUUGUUUUUUAAUUAUCUUCCCUUUAAUACAAUUUUAAAGUAAAUUUUUGUCCGGAGCAGAACUCUAAAUCUACUGAACGGAUUUACUUGAAACUUGAAAUAUAAUUAGAUGGCAACUAGGAGAAGUGCAGUGACCAAGAACCAUAACUAUAUCUACCUUAGUUUUUUAAUUAUCUCCCCCUUUAUUUAAUUUUAACGUAAAUUUUUGUCCGGAGCAUAACUCUAAAUCUACUGAAGGGAUUUACUUGAAACUUGAAAUAUAAACAGAUGGCAAGUAGGAAAAAGUGCAGUGACUAAGAAGCAGAACUCUAUCUACCUUAAUUUUUGAAUUAUCUCCCCUUUUAUAUAACUUUAAAGUAAAUUUUGUCCGGAGCAUAACUCUAAAUCUACUAAAGGGAUUUACUUGAAACUUGAAAUAUAAACAUAUGGCAACUAGGAGAAGUGCAGUGACCAAGAACCAUUACUCUAUCUACCUUAGUUUUUGAAUUAUCUACCCUUUUAUAUAAUUUUAAAGUAAAUUUUUGUCCGGAUUUACUUGAAACUUCAAACGUAAACAGAUGGCAAGUAGGAGAAGUGCAGUGACUAAGAACCAUAACUCUAUCUACCUUAGUGUUUGAAUUAUAUUGCUUUAUUUAAUUUCAAAGUAAAUUUUUGUCCGGAGCAUAAUGAAUUAUCUCCCUUUAUUUGUUUUUACAAAUAUUAUUCUACGCUCUAAAACAAAUGUUGUCAUACAAGCAAACACAUUUCGGCGGGGAUUUGGCACUACUGUGACAAGCUCUUGUAAGUGUUUAAUUUGAGUUGCAAUGCUAUGAGGUCAAAUUUUAUUUAAACUUAUAUGUAUCAUGAAUAUUGCUGGGCCAAGUGUGAGGUUGAGUCCUCUACAACUGGUUAAAAACCCCAGUGCUUUGUAUUGACCUUUCCAAGGCGGUGACCCCAGCUUUAUUCUACUAUGUGUAUGUUGUUUCAUAUUGUGCCAAAAUGGUUUUCCAAGAAACACUAGAGGGAGGUAAACGUCCAUGCCGAAAGAAGAAAAGCUGGAUGGACAAUGUGAAACAGUAUACAUCAUUCUCCAUGCAUUAAUUGCUCUCAGCAGCACACAAAAUACCUCACUAGAUGAGGAUUUUUGUAUCGUCGUCACUUAUUUCCCUAAAACGAACAGACCGGCCAAGGAAAUCGUGAUGAAUUUUAUAAUGAUCUUCAUAUGCACAUGUUCAAAUCAUACCUCUGGGUGUCAAAAAUGGCCCCGGAAGUUGUUUUCCUUAUAAAGUUCCUUAUAUCG